AUGCUGUGCAAAGGGAUUCAUACAGUCGACGGCUGCGCGGCCAAAACGCCGCUUGGCGAACAGCCUUGUGGGUGGCCAAUUGAUUACAAAGCCUCUAGUGUAGAAGCUUUGCAACCAGAUCCAUCAGUGCAGGCCGAACAUGCUGUCCAAAGGGAUUCAUACAGUCGACGGCUGCGCGGCCAAAACGCCGCUUGGCGAACAGCCUUGUGGGUGGCGGAACUAUCCGUCAAAGGGAGGGCCUCUGCAAGGGUAUUGGCUGAAGGAGGUGGCGACUCGGAUGGCGGCGAACGGCGACCCUUGCUGCAGGGUGAUAGCGACGAAGAUGAAGCCGCCUGCGGCGAAGGGAGCAGCGUGGGUGGAAGUGGUCUCCGAAGGCGGAGGAGGUCACCCUCGCCGAAGCGGUGGUGGCCAUCGUAUCCACGUGUCCAACAGGGACCACCCACAGAAGAGCAUGAAAUGUUAUUAGCUCCUGAUCCAGGACCUUCCACGUCUGCUUCUGGUCCUGGUGGCAUUGCAGACCAAGGAAACGAGCCAGUUCCUGCAGGGCGCCGAGCUCCACACGAAACUAACCUGCGAUUGGGAGACAAGGCAUCUCCGCAUUAUAGGGACAUUGACGGAUCUUACAGCUUCCCACACCUUGAACGAAGACACCCACGAUUGGGAGAAUCAUUGGAUGGUUUGGAAGAUACUCUAAGGGACCUUUACCUCCUUCACGGGGGCCCACACAAGGGGGAAUUCGAGAUCCAAUGUCCGUUCAACAAUCCCUCUGGUGGAAUAAAAAUUCAUAUACGGAUUGAAGAACUUAACUUCAGCAAUGGAACUAUUUUUGAAGUUUUUGUUGAUCUCUUCCGCGCUUUUUGGACCGGUCUGGAUGGUCGUCAUUUUGGACGUGAUGGAGUUUGUUUACUCGAAGAGAUGCUCGUGAAUGUGCUGGAUGAAGCUGAACAGACAGGCAGUGGGCGCUUCACAGAAACCGUCAAACAGAUGAUUCAUAGCAGAAGGGGAAACAACUCGGUUCUCUUUCGAGUUGCCAAAGCCAGAAGGCUCGCCUUCCAAGGGCAGCGUUCUGCUCGAGGUCUACGGGCAAAUGCCGAUGAUGAAGGUAUUGAGGAGUAUAUUCGACUUGCACGGCAGCGAAACCCGUUUGUUCUUCUUAUCGCAGAGACACCCACGAUUGGGAGAAUCAUUGGAUGGACUUCAGGAAUGGAACUAUUUUUGAAGUUUUUGCUGAUCUCUUCCGCGCUUUUUGGACCGGUCUGGAUGGUCGUCAUGUCAGUUAAGCAACCCAUUGCCCGCACUGCAGCUACGCGUGUACCUGGAGAGCGCAUGUUCGCGCCGCCAUGCUGCAUAACACUGCAUUGUUACAAUUCACUUGCUUGCGCGCAGUUUGGACGUGAUGGAGUUUGUUUACUCGAAGAGAUGCUCGUGAAUGUGCUGGAUGAAGCUGAACAGACAGGCAGUGGGCGCUUCACAGAAACCGUCAAACAGAUGAUUCAUAGCAGAAGGGGAAACAACUCGGUUCUUUUUCGUGUUGCCAAAGCCAAUAGGUUCGCCUUCCAAGGGCAGCGUUAUGCUCGAGGUCUACGCUACGCCGGUGGACGAUUCUGGCUAGGGCAAAUGCCGAUGAUGAAGCCUACUGUUCCCUUCGUGCUUCUCCGCUGUCUGCGAUGCUACGACAUCAUAGAUGACGAUUCGGGGGAUUUCGUUCUGUGA